UAAAUAAAGAACUCACGAAAACUUUCCAAAAGGAACAGAACAUAAAUAUCCUUCCAAUGAAUGAGAUACCAGAAAUUGAAGAAAUUCGCAGUGCUUCAGAGAAGCAAGAAUGUAGAAGAGUAUUCGUGAUGAAAAAGGCCCUAAAUUUAUUCCCUCCAGUGUGCGAGAGAAUUCUAAGGGAUGAAAAAUCGAUUGAAAUGAUGAGAGCAGUGAAUGCUAGUUUAGCUGUUAUUAAUGGAUUAUUUGUGACAAACUGUCUUACAAUAAUUGCUUAUAAAUUGUCAAUUCCGUUUGUUCUGACAGGAUCUGAGAUACUUCCUAGUCUUCAUCGUAUUCCAUGGAACCCCAGUAUUUUUCCAAACAGCUUCCUGUCAUCCUCCGAUAAAAUGACAUAUUCAGAAAAGUUAAUAAGUACUUUGGUUGCUAUUGUAGACUACACUAUUCUUUCUAUUGGAGCACCUACACACAGUGUCAAAACAUAUGCGAAAGACAAACCUGAUAUUUCAUUCAUAGAUUUGCUACACCAGGCACAGUUUUUUCUUAUUGAAAAAGAUGUACUUCUAGAUUAUCCGCUGCCCCAACUUCCAAAUGUAAGAUAUGUUGGUGGCCUGGCAGCAAAACAUUCAUUGCCUUUGAAGGGAGGGUUAUUGAAUUUCGUAAAUGCUUCCACGAAUGGAAUAGUUGUGGUGUCAUUUGGCAGUAAUAUCAAUGAUUUCCCUGCUGUUCAGCUAGAAAAGCUACAGAGCGCAUUGAAACAAAUAAAAUAUGAUGUUGUGUGGAGACAGAAGAAAACAUCAUUUUCUCAUAAGAAUAUUUAUAUCAGUGAUUGGGUACCACAAAAUGAUCUGCUUGGCCAUCCUAAAACUAAAUUAUUUGUUACUCAUUGUGGAAAUAGCGGUCAAUUUGAAGCUUUGUUCCAUGGUGUGCCAAUGCUGGGAAUACCUUUAUUUACAGACCAAUUUUAUAACUCUCGCAGAAUGACCGAGAAAGGAUACGGAUUGUCACUAGAUAUAGAGAACUUUACCCCGAAGGAAUUAAUAGAGAAAAUAAAAGAACUGAUUGAAAAUAAAACAUAUUCUGAGAAAAUUAAAAGAGCUAGUGAAAUAUUCCACUCCCGACCCGAAUAUCCAUCGAAGAAAUCAGCCCGCCAUAUUGAUCACAUCUUGAAAUACGGUGGAGAAUAUCUAAAGUCUCCAUGUCAAGAGAGUCGAUUGUAUGAAUUUUUCAUGAUCGAUGUAUUGGCUCCUAUAUUUGUAGUAAUAUCACUUUUGAUAUAUUUGACCUGUCUAAUUGGGAAAAAAUGUUUAACUAUCUUUUGUAAGAAGAAAACGAAGACUGACUAAAUUAUGUUUCGGUCAAAUCAACCCGCCAUAUUGAUCACAUCUUGAAAUACGGUGGAGAAUAUCUAAAAUCUCCAUGUCAAGAGAGUCGAUUGUAUGAAUUUUUAAUGAUCGAUGUAUUGGUUCCUAUAUUUGCUGCAAUAUUAUUUUUGAUAUAUUUAAUAUAUCUAAGUGUGAAAAAAUGUUUCUCGUUUUGUUGCAAGAAAAAAACGAAGACUGACUAAAAUAAUUUCUUUGAUAAUUUCAAACAAUGUAAAAAAAUCACGGCAGAUUUUUGGUGUAUGUAAAUGAAGGUUAAAAACAUUUUAUUUUAAAAAAAAUCAAUUGAAAUUUGGAAAUUUUCUGUAGAUAUAUUUAUGUGGUGUAGAUUUUAAAGAUUUACGUCAUAUAGUUUAUUGUAUUUUCUUUUUGCUUGAAACAUUUUAUAGAAUCUCCGUAUUAAACAUAAACACUUUCACUGAAAACAACACGUGUCAAAGUACAGGGCCAUUAUUUUUCUUAUAAUCAAAAGAAGAUGUUUAAUCUGUUCUGUUUAUCAAAAUUUCUAAUAAAUUGCUUAUUCAUUUUGUAAUAAAUAUAUUCAUUUUAAGCCCUUA